GCACAUUGGAUUUCAACGCUCAAGCAGGUGCUUGGAAGUGGGCGGGCGCCCAUUCAAUGAGAUCGGCCGCAUCAGACAUUCACCGUCCAUCGCAGCCCAGGCAAAAACAACAAAGCCAAUUCCACGCCCGACGUCGUCUGCGCCUGGUGCAGCCCUCGAGUCCCUGCCGCCAACUCGCUCGCCAUCCUCCAUGCCAUGACGGGCUCGCGCGUUUUAUCCAGUGUCAGAUCGCACACCCUUCAAUUGGCCUGAAUCCUCCGGCUCGCCGGCUUUUUACCAAAACUACGUAUUUCCCACUCCCGCUCCCCGCCGCGCCUCUUUUCCAGCACGGCAGAGCUCCAGAACACCUAGUCGUCGAAACAAACCCCCUCGACUCAUCGUCUCGGCUCCGCGUCAUCGUCCUCCAUCCACCCGCAAACGCCCAUCAAGGCGUCGCUCGCCCAUCCAGCACCGGGAGCUGGCCAUAGACAUACCCGACCUCACGAUCCUCGGACAUGGAGCGCGAAAGGCCCAUGGGCCCCGGAAGGGGCCUCCCGGAGAAUCCAGCCCAGGGACGACGAGCCGCGGCAGCCUCGGGCAGCUCGCUGAACAACGUCCCAGGUGUACCACCCAUCCCAGCAUCAAUAGCAGGCAUUCGCGCCGUGCCCUCCAGCUCCUCGCUCUCAACCACAUCCCCAGUCUCCGCCGGCCAAGUCAUCACCAUGGCACGCAAGGCUAUGGCUGAAGCCUUCAAGGACCACGAAUCCCAAGCCGCCGAGGCAAGUGGCGUUAGCAACGAGCUGAAGCCUGGCAUCACCAUCAACCUGAGCCACAGAAACAUCCAGGAUCUUCCAGACGAGGUUGUCGAUGUGAUCAAGCACGAGCUAGAGAGGCUCGCCCUCUCGCACAACAAGAUCCAGUCGUUUCCCGCCAGAUUCUCCGAGUGCUCGACGCUGCGAUACCUCAACGUCAGGAAUAACGAGUUGAGAGAGUUCCCACUACCGCUAUGCGAUCUGAAAAGCCUAGAAAUCCUGGAUCUGGGCCGGAACAAGCUCCAAUCACUCCCUUCCGAGAUUGUCAAACUCACGUCCUUGAAGGUGUUUGCGGUGCAGAAGAACCGUAUCAAAGAGCUGCCGCUCUGCCUUGCCGACAUGAACUCUCUGCAAAUGAUCAAACUGGAGGGCAAUCCGAUCGAGUUUCCGCCCCGAGAGAUCCUGCAGGUGCAGGCAAGCAGCCCACCGAACGAGCAGCUGAAGGAGAGCGAGGUUACCGAAGUCACCGUGACUCUGCAUAUCAAGAAAUACAUGAAGCAAAGGGCCAUGUCCAUCAACACGAGCACGCGCGCCGAGUCCGAUACGGGCGGUGACGAGUCAAGCGAGGGCACCGAGACGCCUCGAGUUCCUAUCAAGCGCGUUGUCAGUGGCCGUUUCCCCGUCAGGGUCAACGGUGCCGGCCUUCCCGACCUGAGGUCACCAGCUCUGGGACGCCCGCCCCCGAUUCCAACACGGUCACAUUACAGGGGGCUUUCGCAGCAAAAUACAGCACCACGCAAGCCCGGUGUCAUGCCUCUCACGAUCGGCAACGUCAACGAACGAGUGCGGAGCAACUCAGAGACGCUUCUCCAGGCGUCAAGGGGCGAGAGACCCGGCGAUCGGUCACGGCGCAUGGGAAUUGUGCAAAAGGCCAGCCAGCUCGGGACGCUUGACGAGACACAGGCCAACAACCGCUUCUCGCACUACCGUGGUCUUAGUCACGGCUCAGCCAUGCAGCAGACCAACGGGCCCAUCGCUAACGGAAAGCCUCCAGUAAGCCCCGCCGAGUCGAUCCUACAGCGGCCGAUAUACGUGCGGCGCUUGUCCGUCCUGCCCGAACGGAGGCGCGAGUCGCAGUUUAUCGACCCGGUACUAGAAGCUGCCAAAGGGAUACUCUACUCGAUAUUCCAGAUCCACCCCAUGAUCCAGAUGCUCAUGAGCUUGACGAGCGACGGCACAGCUAAGCGCUCUAGCCUCGAGAUCGUCUUCUAUAACACCAACUCUCACGUAGAGGAGCUGGAGCAGGAGAUCCAGAGGCACGAGGCCGACGAGUACAGCACCCACCUCGACAACGAGAACGUGCAGCGAGCCUGCAUAACCCUCGUCAAUGCCUACGCGCACGUCUGCUCCCUGCUGGCGAGCAAUGUCGAGCUCUUCAUCGACAACGGCGACCCGCGGUACAUCCGGACGCUGAUGAUGCAGCUCUAUAAUAGCAUCACGGAGCUGCGAGUCACGACGUCACAGGUUGGCUCCGACGAGGGCCAUCGCAGGGUCACUAGCAGGGGCUCUGUGAACACAAACACGAUCCGGGCGCGGUCCGGCUCGACCUCGGCGACGCCGACCGCCGACAGGUCAGGUGGCAUUCCGCGUAAUGCCACGCGUGCCAACCUGGCCCCGACCAAUCUCAGGGUUGCCACCGACAUGCCGUUUGCCUUUAUUAAUGGGAGCGGCCGCACAGCCACCAUUGUCACCUCUGCUACCCCGCGGUCUGGCGAGUCUUUCACCUCGACUGGUAGCCGUGCGCUCAUGGGCGAGUUUAGCGAGGAGGACCGCACGUUCGAGGGCAUUUUCCUGGCCCUGCAGAGGUCAUCGGAACUUGUCAUGCGUCUCCUGCCCGCUUUCAACAAUCAGUGCGGCAGCUGGCUCCAGACCGCGGCGGCGCAGCGUAACACGCGCGACCUGCAGCUCUGGAGGAUUCUGAUUGCCAAAUGCACCACGGUCAUCACCCAAACCGAGAUGCUCAAGGAGCGGAUGUCGGCCAUCAAGCUCAAGGAGCCUGGGAUCCGGACCCAAGGCGACUUUUGGUCCAUGUGCCGCAGCUUUAUCGACUCGUGGACCGAGUUCGGGUCGCAAAUCAAGGCCUUCGACAAGCCCCUCUCGCUUCCCGCCGAUAUCAAGGUGCGGCUGCGGCCGAUUCAGAAAAGUAUACAGGAGACUACUGAUCUCAUAAUACGCUCACCCUGGGGCUACUCGCUCCGGUCGUCCUUUGGCGGGACCAUGACCUCGCAGCCCAACGGCAUGCUCUUCAGCCCUGUGGACGGCCCCAGCGGCCAUGGGCGAGGCGGCAUGAGCGGUGGUAUGAACGGCAGUAUGAACGGCAGUAUGAACGGCGGUAUGAAUGGUGGUAUGAAUGGUGGUAUGAACGGUGGUAUGAACGGUGGCAUGAACGGUGGCAUGAACGGCGGCAUGAACAACAGCAUGAAUGGCAUGAACGGCAUGAACGGCGACAUGCACCACCACCACCACCACCACGGACACCAUAUGCAGCUCCCCAUGAGUCCGCAGAGCGCGGCUCUGGGUCCGGCUGUUCAAGCAACGGUGCCGGCGACGCCACAGAGCGGCUCGUUCUCUGCGGCGCUUACAGGCAACGUAUUUGAGCGUGCUGAUGCGCUCAUGUCUCAGGGAGGCCCGUCCAUGUCACGGCAUGGCACCUUCGCAUCAUCGGCCUCGGGCUCGACGGCGAGCAUGAACUCGAUUCUCUCCUCGUCGAGCGGCGGCUUCGGCUACGGCUACGGCAACGGCUACGGAGGAGACGGCGGUCUAAAUAUCAUGAGCCCAAACGGUUCUGGGUCGCCGAUGGUCAACUUCCCGAUGCGGAUGCAAAACGGGAGCAAGGUGGUCAUGUAGUUUGUGCAUGAUACAUCUACGCGAACAACCCUUUGCUUGGGUCGUCUUCUGAGCACGCCAAGCUCGUGCUUUGCUUUACCGCUUGCUCAUAGAUGGCUACAUCUUGACCUGUCGCCUAGAAGCGUCUCCCCUCCAGCGUGUCAUCAUUUUAUCAUCCUCAACCUUUCCCUUGUUUUCUUGCUUCCUUUCUUUCUCGCUCUCUAUUCUUUUUCUUCGCUCUUCGGUUUUGACGAGUCCAGGCAGGCAGGCAGGCAGGCAGGCAGUGGGAAGGGAAACAGGACAAGGCAGGAGGCCCAUCGCGAUAACAACGGGGGCAUGUCUAUUUCUUAAAUCUAAUGUGCGCGUACCUUGCAUCUUUUUCUCUUUCUUUUUCCUUCUUUCUCAUCACAUGAACUUGCGAGCCUUUAUUUACCCCAGCAUUUUCCUACUUCGGAGCUUUAUUUCGACAUCAUUGCUCAGGGAUCGCAUUGCAAAGGCGUUUGGAAGCAAAAUAUUAAAGAAGGGAACCCGGGAUAUGGACUUGCGACAUCUUACAGUGGGCAUGGGGAGCUUUCCAUCCAAGUAACUAGACUAUUCCCGUACAUUUUUCACUUGUCAAUCUCACGCUUGCUAGGUUCUGCAUAUACGAUUUUGGCAUGCCUGGAGCAUGCCACCAUUUUAGGAGAACCUAGAUGCCCUCAGGCCCGCAUGUAUAAGGUCUACAUCGGCUCUUCGAUG